UUCUCUCUCCACAGCCUCCUUUGUGACUUAACUCUCUUCUGUGUUUUUGGCUCGCGCGCGCGCUCUCUCUUUCUCUCUCUCUCUCUCUACUUGCUGGGACCCUGGGUUUUUUUGCCUGUAGGAAACAGCGAGCGCCACUUGGGUUAGUGGGUAACUGGGUAUCUAUAAUUAAGCCUUAAGGAGGCAGCAACUAAUUUCAAAAGCUACCUUUGAAUUCUCCCUGAUUUUUCGUUCUGUUUUUGAUAUUUUUGCCUCCCUUACGUAUAUUCAAAGAGUUUUUUUUUUUUUGUUGAAUUAUUUGUGUUUUAAUUGGUGAAAUGGCGGCAGAUUUGGUUGACGGAGAGUUCUGGUUGCCGGCACAGUUUUUAACUGACGGCGAUUCACUUAUAAGAGGUCAGAAUAAAACUCGUCAGACGAAGAAAAUGGACGAUUUUUCAUUUGCGUUUGGGAACUCGUUUGGUCCUUUCUCGGAUCUGAGUUCACCUGUUGAGUCGGUGACGGGAUCUACGGAAACAGAGAGCGACGAGGAUGACUACCUGACUGAGUUAACUCGCAAGAUAGCUCAAUCUACUAUACAAGACUCCAAUUACCCGGUUGAAAACAAUAAAGGAUGGUGGGUUUCUGGUUCUCCACAAUCAACUCUAUGCAGUGUUAUGGAUAGUUGUGGGUGCAACCCGGGUUCCAGCUGUCGGAGCCUCAACUGUUUCUCGAAGGUUUCAGCACCGCCGGUUGCCAAGCGGAAAGACUCGACGACGUCGUUGGAUUUGUUGUCUGCGGCUGCUGAAGAGGUUGCUCGGAUGAGAAUGAUGGAAGAAGCACUUGGGUUUUAUUCUACCUACAGAGGUGGUGCGGAUGGACUUUUCAUUCCGCCCAGAAAACCUAGUGCUGUUACAGUACCAUCCGAAAACCUGAAUCGCGGUACUGGGUUUUAUCCGAACCAUACUCACCUUUCGUUUCAACGGUUGCAAGCUACGCAAUUUCAGCAGUUGAAGGAGUCGCAUAUGAUGAAGCAACCUCAACAAGGAAGUUGGUUUUAUGGCCAAAUGAAAAGUGGGUACAAGCAGAUGGUUCAGAAUAAUGGCAGUUCUAUUGCGUCGUCAAUGGAUGCUUGGUCUUCUGUACAACAAUCUCAAAAUCAUCAGCAGAGUGGCUCGGGCAUGAAGGCAUUGUUUCUUGGAGAUCCCGGGACUAAAAAGGAACGUACCGGAACCGGUGUUUUCUUGCCCAGAGGAGUAGGAGGUCCCACUGAAACUCCAAAGAAAUCAGUUCUGUUACCAGAUAGAGUAGUCCAGGCUUUGAAUAUGAACUUGAAAUCCAUGGAUUCCCGGCCACUGCAACCACAGAACAGAGCAAAUGGAAAUUUUAUUCCUGACUAUGCUGCUGUUGCGAAGUACAGAAAUAAUGAUCUAAUUACACAGCAGAGGAAAAAUCAAAGACCAGCAGCAGUAACUAAUCAAGACCUCAGUCUUCCCCAGGAGUGGACUUACUGAUCAAAAUUACAAACGGGUUAGGAAUCCAUAAAGAGAAUCAGAUAUGAAGUUGACGAUUAGGGGAUAGGAGAAGAUUUUUGAUUUUUCACAGAAAUAGUUUCUGGGACAGGUUAUUAGCAGUAGUAGUAUAGGACUUAGGACAGUAGUAACUAGAAGAUGAUUAAGAAAAUGGUUUCUUGGGUUUAGUAUUAGGCUGAAUAAUUCAAGAGUUUGAUGCAACAUCCUUUUGUAUGGUUCGAGGUUCAAGAAAGUGGUUUUUGGCAGUUCCUUUUCUUGGACCCUUUCAUUCGGAAUGAAUUUGAAUGAUAAAAUAAAAUAAGGCUUUUUUUAUAUUC